AUGCGUCGAGCCAUCGCGACUACUCUGGCCUUUGCCGCCUAUGCUAGCGCGCAGAGCACGACCUCUAUCGACAUCGAUGCCAUCUCUGUGGCUAUCCCCACAAGCGUCUUCAACCUUCCAAUUGUCUACGUUACCGCAGAAGACGCACCCGCUAUCACCGCGACCACCGUCGCUGUCACCGCAACCGCCUCAUCUGAUCCUCUUGCAACGAACGUCUUCGACUCGGCUGGCGAUGUCUCGGUCGCUCUGUCAUCUGCUUCCGUACAGGCCACCGCAAGUGCCACCGAUCUUUCGAAGCGUGCAGCUACCUGUGUCCCACAGCCAUCCGGAAUCACCCACAACUCAUCUCCGGACACUGCAGCUGGGUUCGUUGCCGACACAUACUAUUCCACGCAAGCAACGCUGGCAACCGCUCCAUCUGGCUGGGUCCGAUCCUUUGCAGGCUUGAAUGCUUCCAACUCUGCUGAUCAGUACCUUGGAUUCACUCUUUUGACAUCAUACGAUGUGGCGACCUGCACAACAAAGUGCUCCGCCAUCAAGGGCUGCAACUCGGUCAACAUCUACUACGAGAGAGAUCCGAGCUCCUCGACUGACGGCCCUACAUGCCUCGACCCGCCCAGCUCCAUCAACGUCAAGUGCGUGUUCUGGGGCGGCGCCGUGGCGGCAGCAAAUGCCAACAACUACGGUCAGAUGCGCGCAAACUUCCAAGUGCUCGUUGCUGGCAGCAAUGGCUACAUGACCACUUCUUAUGCUGCAGCACUCGCCGCCCAACCUGACGCUACCCCACCUUCUACCGCUGCCGAUGCUGCAGAUAACGUGUAUAACAUCUACGCCGCCUCGGACUUGACUCAGGGCGCCUACACCAACACUGCUGCUUCGAGCUCGUACAAGGACUGCAUGACCUCUUGCGACGCCGAUUCAAACUGCAAUGCUUUCACGUAUGUCGGUGGCAGCAAUGGGAUUGGUGCAGGCACUUGUUGGCUCAAGAAGCAAGCUGGCUCACCCUCCAAAGCCGGCACCAACGUCGUCUCUGCAGCCAAAAACGGCAAGGUCACCACAACAUAUACAACCACCGACCCUGUAUCAAAGCAGAUGCACAUCUUGAUCACCAGUUCUGGCACCAGCGCUGACGGCAAGUACAUCUUCAUCUCCGGCAAUGGCGGACAAAGCAGCUUGGUCUCCAACGCAGCCGAUGCCACAAAGUUUGUCGUGGACCAGGCAAACCAACACAUGGUCGUGCAGAGUGGCAGUGCCGCUGGCUAUGCUUUCGCCCUUGCUCCCACGACAGUCACUUCGCCCUUGUACUUUGCUCCGCAGGGCGAUGCUUCAAAGUCUUACUUUACCUGCAACGUGGAUGCCAAUGGUGGCGUUGCUUGCGGCGUCAAUGGUCGUGGUAUCGCUGGUACCGUCUGUUCAUCGGAUAACUACAGCAGCAUUCAACUCAUCACCGGUGAUACGUGGCCUCAGACCUGUAACUGGGUGCUUUGGAACUUUGUGGCUGCUUGA